CCAUUGCAGAAUCUCACACUUUCCCAAUCCCUCAUUGAAGAAGAAGAAGAGUGUUGGGAUUUACCCAUCCACCCCAACUCCCUCUUCUUCUUUCUCAUUAUUAUUAUUAUAUCAAAGAUUCUUCUCGCAAAGUUUAAGCUUAAUGGCCCGACUUACAUUUUUUGCUGUUAUUUAUUGUGUUCUUGUUCUGUCACAUUCGUUAAUACCAGGAGUGAAAGCAACAACCUUUACCGUAGUAAACAAAUGCGAUUAUGUGGUAUGGCCUGGAAUUCUCUCAAACGCAGGAAUUCCAACACUGUCUACAACAGGCUUCACUCUCCAAAUCGGUGAAACCAGAAUAAUUACCGCACCCACAUCAUGGGGUGGUCGUUUUUGGGGUAGAACCCAUUGCUCCCAAGAUUCCACCGGUAAAUUUUCGUGUUUGACGGGUGAUUGUGGCUCCGGGAAGCUGGAAUGUUCAGGAAAUGGCGCUGCUCCACCUGCCACUUUGGCUGAAUUUACUUUGAAUGGUUUUGGUGGCCUUGAUUUUUUUGAUGUGAGUUUGGUAGAUGGUUACAACAUCCCUAUGUUGGUAUCUCCUCAGGGUGGCACAGGCCAAAAUUGUACCUACACCGGCUGCGUAUAUGAUCUUAAUGGCUCAUGUCCUUCAGAGCUCAAGGUGAUGAGCACAGACGGAAGAGAUGGCGUCGCUUGCAAGAGUGCUUGCGAGGCAUUCAGCCAGCCUCAGUACUGUUGCAGCGGCGAGUAUGGCACCCCCGAUACUUGCAAGCCUUCUUCAUACUCGGAGGUGUUUAAGACCGCCUGCCCACGCGCAUACAGCUAUGCCUAUGAUGAUAAGACAAGCACCUUCACAUGUGCGAAUGCUGAUUACACGAUAACUUUCUGUCCUUCACCUAACACUAGCCAGAAAUCGUCACAAGAGCAGACAACAACGCAAGCACAGAACACGGGAACAACAACGACAACGUCACCUCUAAUCAACAGCACAAUCGUGUACGAAGGUGGGUUGGACGACAGUGCGGCAUCACCGUCCACCUGCACCCACGUGUUCGGAUCACAUGCGAUUGCGGGAAUCGUCGGUAUCACAAUGGCGAUUUGGUGGUCGUGGCAACUGUUCUAACUUUAUCACGAACUUUAUCUAUCGGGUGGGGGGCCAUGUGGCCCCGUAAACAAAAAAAAAAA